AUGGAGUUCUAUACUGAUAAUACUCCAGAAGCAGUAAAAAAUGCAACAGGCCUUCAUCUAAUCACCGAAGCUACACCAAACGGCAAAAAGGUGCAAAUAAUGCUUGAAGAACUGAAAGAUGUUUAUGGCCUUGAAUGGACGACUAGCUUAAUUGAUCUCGAAACAGAUGAACAAAAGGAAGAUUGGUUUCUGCGUUUGAAUCCUAAUGGACAGAUUCCACUGCUGUUAGAUAAUACGCUGACGCGACCCUUUCCGGUCAUGGAAUCAUCUGCAGAACUUUUAUAUCUCUCCGAUAAUUUCGAUCAGGAUAAUGUUUUUGGAUUUGACAAUAAGCGUGAACAUAGCGAAGCGGUGCAAUGGCUCUUUUUCUGGCAAGCAUCAGGCCAACCAAAUCAAGGACAGAACAAUCAUUUCCGUAAAUCCGCACCUGGAAAGAUUCCCUACGCCAUUUCACGUUUCAAAACGGAGACACUCCGCAUCUACAACAUACUCGAGCUUCGUCUCUCAGGACAUUACACAGUCAUUCCACGUCAAUAA